AUGCUCUCAUCGCUCCUAAGAUCUCUACCCCAGCUAGGGCGACGCUGGAAACCCUUAGAUUUCAACAACCCCAACUUCACUCGCAUCCCCAAUUGGCACAAAAUAGAAGAAGAGACUCUCCCCGAAUAUACAGCCUCACAGUACUAUCCCACACGAAUAGGAGAAGUCAUCAAAGAACAGUACCAAGUCAUUGGUAAAUUGGGAUAUGGAUCGACUUCGACGGCGUGGCUUGCGCGGGACAUGGAAAACCGCCGUUAUGUUAUGCUCAAGAUAUGCAUUGAAGCUUCGUCUAUGGGUCAGCAUGUCGAUAACGAGCUUAAUAUGUACAGAUUCAUGGAACAGUCCCCAACCACGCAUCCCGGCCGCGAGGUCAUCAGAACGUUACUGGAUACAUUUUACAUCGAAGGCCCUCAAGACAAACAUCGUUGCCUUGUGCACCCCCCAUUAUGGGAAAGCGUGCUAGCUUUCUUGCGCCGCAAUCCAGUUGAGAGGCUACCAUCCGCAGUCAUUGCUGUUGUUCUUCAUCGCUUAUUUCUAGCACUGGACUUUUUGCAUACGGAAUGCAAGAUCGCGCACACAGAUAUCAGAGCCGAUAAUAUCAUGUUCGGUAUCAAAGAUGACUCAGUCUUCACGGAUAUAGAGGAGAACGAACUCCGACGACCCGUCCCGAGGAAGGAAAGCGAUAAGAGAACAAUAUACAUGUCACGAGAACUCAAAGUACCCAGAGAAGUUGGUGCCCCGGUUCUGUGUGAUUUUGGUUCAGCCAUGGUUGUCAACGAUGAAUAUCAGAGGGUAUUCAUUCAGCCGCAGAUCUAUCGAGCACCGGAGGUGAUAUUAGGAGUUCCAUGGACGUAUAGUGCUGAUAUUUGGAAUGUUGGAUGCAUGAUUUGGGAUCUAUACGAAGGCGGUUCCUUGUUCACCGGGCAAGACCCUGUAGAUGAGAGGUACAGGAGUCGAGCGCAUCUGGCCGAGAUGAUCAAUCUUCUUGGCUCGCCGCCUGCUGGUCUGCUUGCUCAGGGGGAGCUGAGAGAUAAAUUCUUCUCGAGUGAAGGUGCUUUUCUCCACCCAGAAUUAUUGACUGAUCAGGUUCCCCUUGAUGAAAGGGAAACUACUCUGGAGGGGCGGGCGGAGAGAGAGGCGUUCCUACAUUUCAUGCGGAAGAUGCUACAGUGGGAGCCGAGUAAGCGUAGUUCUGCUCGAGAAUUGGCGGAGGAUGAGUGGUUGCAAAGUUAUAUAUGA